AUGGCUUCUACUAGAUCUAAUGCCCGUCUCAUUAGAUUUGGGAUUUUUGCACUUGUAUUAAUUGGUUGUGGUUAUAUCUUGACUAGAGGUUCAUCCUUCCAACCACCAAGUUAUCAAUCUUCUGGUUCAUCAUCAGCAGAUUCCGCUCCAGUAGCCCAAGUUAAGCAACCAGCAGCCGCUGCUAACAAGGGUGUUGAUGUUCCAACUGGUAAAGCUAGAGGUCCUUUACAAAAAUACAGACAAGUUGAAGGUCAACAACCUGAAGCUAUCCCACAAAAGGAUAUUCCAGAAGAUUACACUACCAAAGAUAAGAUUAAAGCUACUUUUGUUACAUUGGCUAGAAACUCUGAUUUAUAUUCUUUAGCUGAAUCAAUUAGACACGUUGAAGAUAGAUUCAACAAGAAGUUCCAUUAUGAUUGGGUUUUCUUGAAUGAUGCUGAUUUUGAUGACAAUUUCAAAGAAACCGUCAGUGGUUUGGUUUCUGGUACUGCUAAAUUUGGUAAGAUUCCAAAAGAACAUUGGUCUUAUCCUGAAUGGAUUGAUCAAGAAAAGGCUGCCUUGGUUCGUGAACAAAUGAGAGAAAAGAAGAUUAUUUAUGGUCAUUCUGAAAGUUACAGACAUAUGUGUAGAUUCGAAAGUGGUUUCUUCUGGAGACAAGAAUUGUUGAAUGAUUAUGAUUACUACUGGAGAGUUGAACCUGAUAUUAAAUUGUUCUGUGAUAUUGAUUAUGAUGUUUUCAAAUGGAUGAAAGAUAACAACAAGGCUUAUGGUUUCACUAUUUCUUUACCAGAAUAUAAAGAAACUAUUCCAACUUUGUGGAAAACCACUAAAGAAUUUAUUGAUAAAAACCCACAAUAUUUGGCUGAAAACAACUUGAUGGAAUGGGUUAGUGACGAUAAAGGUGAAACUUACAAUGGUUGUCAUUUCUGGUCCAAUUUUGAAAUUGGUUCUUUGGCUUUCUGGAGAAGUGAUGCUUAUAGAAAAUAUUUCGAACAUUUGGAUAAAGCUGGUGGGUUCUUUUAUGAAAGAUGGGGUGAUGCUCCAGUCCAUUCUAUUGCUGCUGCUUUGUUCUUACCAAGAGAUCAAGUUCAUUUCUUUGAAGAUGUUGGUUAUUACCACGUUCCUUUCACUAACUGUCCAGUUGACAAAGAUGUCAGACUUGCUAGAAACUGUAACUGUGAUCCAAACAAAGAUUUCACCUGGAGAGGUUACUCUUGUACUACCAAAUAUUAUACCCUUAAUGCCUUUAAGAGACAAAAAGGUUGGGAAAAAUACACUGCUUAG